AGGCUAUUAACGGCUAGCUUUCCGAACCGGGAUCCCGAAGCUUCCCAAAGACCGGGGAACUCAGCCUAGAUUAGCUCAGCCUUAUCCUUAUCAAUCUUUCAUAGAAUAACUACCUGAAAGAGAGCUACCUAUUGUUCUACAAUUGCCAAUUACCAUUAAUUCCUACUAUCAUUUGCCACGAUAGUCACUCUUUUAGAAUCUGCCUCAUUUAUGACGCUCGUUACCGAUUCGCCAGUUUUCAAUCACGGACACCAUGGAAUCGACUCUAGACAACACGACUCUCUCUACGAUAUCUCUCCUCGAAGCGCGACUCUUGCGCAUUGAGCAUUUAUUAUAUGGCCAUACAGCUCAGCAACCCAAAGUAUCAACCAUAAGAAGUAUGCAAGAACUAGAGCACCGUUUUGUGACUCUCCUUCAACGAAUGCGCGUUUAUGCCGAACUUCUUAAACUCUAUAAAUCCCAGCCAACUCUCUUCCAACCACCACCGCCGUCCCAGCCACCCUCUGAACUUUCACCCGAAGCCUUACGCGCCAUCGUUCUCGCCGCUGCGUCCUCAUUCCCGGCUACAGCUUCCGCGCUCACGGCCAUAUCCGACACGCCGAUUCCAGACCCGGCGCACACGACUACUCUAGCUGCUCUAUUACCAAAGAUGAAGGGAAUCGAGGCGACACAGAUAGCACAGGCGGCCGAGAUUGCGGAGCUGAGAGCCCGCAGCGAGGUUGUCGUGCGCCAGUGGUACGAGCAUAAUGUUAUGAGCUACUCGAACUUCGUGGCGGGCGUUGAGAGCCGUGUCGAGAAUGCCGAGCGCGUCGUGAGAAGAGUAGAAAGGGCAAGGAAUGAGGUUUGAGACAUGUGACCUAUGGCCAUGUCCCUUGGAACAUAGACGUUCCUAUGGGGGAUCGAAUACUAUUCCGAGUUAUUAUUAACCCUCCCGCGCUCCUCGUAUUGCUACGUCCUCGACACUAUGGAUGCUACUUGCUUUGUAUGCGGUCCUACGAAGUCAAAGUCGAUUUGUACUGCGAAUAGGCACAAAGUCUCGCAGCGGCGGCGACGAAAUUAAAGGGGCCUGACGUCACCGAGGACCAAUAUUGCUAAUAUUGGGGAGGGACUUGGAAGCUCUUUGGACAGAUAGAAACAAACAAUAAGGCCCUCCCGCUACAAAUACUUCUGCUGAUUUGUAGUGAGAUAUUCCAUUGGUUCGUAUAGCAUUUCCAUGCUAGUAAUAAUGUUCAUUAUGGUUCUGUUCAAUCUUGGUAUGGAAGAUUAACACGAGAAGGGCAAUGGACAAACAUAGCAUACCCCCAGGAGUAUAGGAGUAUAAGUCAUGUUAGACUGGAUUUAGUAUUCACAUCUAAUAUUAUUCAGAUCGGUGUAAAUUGAAGUAAUAUCUUAAAAUACCCUCAGUGUGUUAUUAAGUAAAGCCUCAGAUUGAAUACAUAUCAUGUUACAAACAA